UGUGUCUGGAGCCUGCUUUUGAAACAUCCGGGUCUAUCACUGAGGUGCGACUGAUAUCAGUGCUCAGUGGGAUUUGGCGGGCUACCUACAUCUUUAACCACCAGAGUGACAUACUGCAACAGCUGGCCAGCGAAGUCGAGGCCAAUUGCGGCCCUAAAAAACAAAACAGGGCCAAACGCAGCAAUACCAUAGUCGCCUCGGACCAUCCGCCCCCUAUUUUGACCUCGGCUACGGCCCCAAACGUUUGCGCGCAACCGGACGGGAAAACCAGCCCUAAAAGCGACACCACAAACCACACCUCCGUACACUUCCCACACAAAACACACAAACGCGUCAACGAGCAUUCACCCACCCACACUCCCAAAGCCACGCGCACAGGCAGAAGCCCAAGCCCAGAGAUGAAGCGCAGACCCAACGCUCUAAAUCAUCAGGCGUCGACCGCGUCUCAACGAUCGUUAUUUACGAGCCUAGAUUGGCUCACAUCGGCCAAUCAGAAUGUCGGAAAGGCAACCGUCAACGCAGCUGCAACCGCACAGUCAAGUAACACGGCAAGUCCUACGCUGAGCAAGCCAGCCAUGGUGGAGGUCAAUGUGAUCGCCAGCAAUCUUAUAGUGGAUGCAGGCCCUGUCGAAAC